CGCGGCACAUGCAGGUUCGUAGAGUAAACAAACAGUCGCCGUUCGUGAAUAACGCGUUUAUUUCCCCGCUCACAGACAGAGAUGCGCUGUAACGUCCUCGCUAAAGCCGCCGCAGCUCUUUGUCUGCGGGAGUCGAGCUUUGAGCCGACUCCCUGCAGAGUUUGGAUGAAGUGACCAUGAGGCAGGACGGUGAUGCUGUGAACGUCCCUGCGUGCUUCAUCUCCAGCCAUGAAGGUUUUCUGGGAAGCAUCAAAAACUUUAUCAAAGACUUUGUUGUGACGGAGAUAGAUAUUAAUGGACAGCAGGUGAAUCAAGAGGCAGCAGAAGGUUGUGCCUCUGCAUAUAAACCCAGUGAGACCACUGCAAGAUUUCCGCAGAAUAAUCAUUCCUUCGUCUCACACAAUUCGUAUGUAUCGGCUGAUUGUGGAAUAGAUGUAGCUCUGCCGAGUCCAGGCAGUUUCGAUCUUGGUGUGAUUUUGGGCCAGUCGGUGAGCGAUGAGCUUGAGCAGUUUGUGUUGACCCUGAAAGAUGAAAAGCCGACGCAGCAGGAGCUGUCGCUGGGAUCCUUUAGCGACAAGCACCACAGAGCCAACGUCCACCGGGCCGUCAGGCACCGCUUCCCCUUCCUCAUGACCGUCACCAUCCAGCCGGAAAUCCGGGUGAGGGAGGACCCGGACUACAGGGAGCUCUCCCAGCUGGUCACGGAGGACGAAGCGGAGGACUUCUUCAGGUUCAUAGAUGCCAAAGUGCGGGGCUCGUCCUACACGUUCGGGCCCGACGACGACAAGGACCACAGGACGGCGGUCCACCACUUCCUGAGCCGCAGGUUCGGGAAGCUGGUGGAGACAAAGAGCUUCAGCGACCAGGGGAGCACAGCGAUCUCAGUGAGACUGAGAGAGCGGGGCAGGCCGAAGAAGAGGAGCUCAGACGAACGGAAGGAAGAAGAGGUUUACACUGCGUUCACUCUGCAUAAGGAGAACCUGGAGACUCUGGAGGCCAUCAGCUACAUGGCAGCAGCUCUUGGCGUCUUACCGUCGGACUUCACCUACGCUGGGAUCAAGGAUAAGAGAGCCAUAACCUACCAGACCAUGGUGGUGAAGAAGGUGUCACCGCAACGGCUGAAAGAGAAGAGGGCAGAGUUCGAGAAGAGGGGGAUGCGUCUGACUCAAGUCCGCUCCGUCAGCGAGCCUCUCCGGCUGGGACGACUGCAGGGGAACCACUUUGACCUGGUGGUGCGUGACCUGAGGCCGCACGGCUCCAGCGACGCACACACGUCUGGUGCAGAGAGACACACUCGACUGGCAGCGCUGGUGAAGGAAGCGUUGGAGAACGUGAAGGACAGAGGUUUCGUCAACUACUACGGACCACAGAGGUUUGGGACUGGACAGAGCGUUCAGUCAGACCGAGUGGGCCUGGCUUUACUGAAAGAAGACAUGGUGAGCGCUGUGCGUCUCUUCUUUACCCCGGAGGACGUCGAUGAUCCUCAGAGCAACGCGAAGAGACACUUCCUCCAGACAGAUAAUGCCAAGGAGGCUUUGGCCUUGAUGCCGUUGUCGAAGGCCAGGGAGCGGCUCAUGCUGCGCGCCCUGAACCGCUACGGUACGAAUGCGGACGGUUGCGCCCAGGCCUGGCUCAGCCUGCCCCACAGCAUGAGAGUCUUCUACCCGCACGCCUACUGCAGCAGGGUGUGGAACGACGCGGUGGCUCACAGGUUGACCACUCUGGGCCACAGUGCCAGACGAGGAGACCUGGUGUGGCUGCAGGAAGGACAAAGCAAAGCAGACGAGGCUGGAGAGAGCAGCUCCGCUCAGAUCCAUGUGGUGACCGACCAAGAGGAGCAAAGUGGAGUCUACACUUUAGGACAAGUGUUGCUGCCGAUGCCAGGAAACACGGUGAAAUAUCCAGAGAACGCCAUGGGGACCUGGUACCAGGAGAGACUGGCCAGAGACGGGCUGGACAACUGUCGCUUCCGAGUGGGCAGCCUCAAACUGAAUCUGCCUGGCUGCUACCGCCUCCUGCUGGCCAUGCCACGCAACCUCAGCUACCAGCUGCAGAGAGGAGGAGGAGGAGAUGUGAUGGGAGAAAGGAAGCAGGACACGAUCUCGCUCACCUUAAACUUCGACCUGGACUCCUCCUGCUACGCAACCAUCUGCCUCAGAGAGAUCAUGAAGUGCGAUGUGUAGAAGUUGUGUUUGUGCGUCCGUGUGUGAGGGAGAAGAGGCAGCUUUUUGUAACUAACCGACAACGUUUUAUAACUUCACUCGCCCUUAAUGUCACAUGAUAUGAGUAGACCUUUAGUUUGUUGUUGUACUGAGCAGACGACUGUGGCCACACAUAGAAUAAUUACAUGAUAAAAAAACUUCCAAUGACGAGGAGCCACUGCCAAAUGUGAAGAAAUCUAAAUGUUAAAGCAUGAGAACAGUAUUUGUGUUUUGUGUCAUGAGUAAAACUUUCUGAUUAUAAGAAA